AGUAUUAGACCUGUGUUGAUUUUAAAUCCAUGCUGCACACUUCCUUGGACAGUAGAAAUCAAAGCAAACUACUUUCGUGAAAUGUAAAGACCAUUAAAGAUAUUUCCAUGGAGAUCCUGAUGUCAGCUUUUAAGGAAUGGGAUGCUGGAUCCCUGUUGACAGACUACCCAGGUCAGAGAUGUGAGCAGAAGUAUGUUUUUUUCUUCACGCUGCUCUUCUUCGUCCUGAGGGAGAAAGUGUAUAAUUAUGGACUUUGUGCUGAUAAAGCAGUGCACAAUAUGAAAGGUAUUUGUGUCUCCUGCAACUCCCAACUCUCCUAUGCCUCCCAGUACAUACUAUCACUGAUAGCACUUACAGUGGGAUUUCACAACACCUGAUGCCACACUCAUGUCUACCUGCUUUGCAAAUGAGUACUGCACUGCUGUUACUGAAUUUGUUUGAUCAAAUGUCUCUUUGACCCAACAACAAUAUAAGCUAUAACAAUCUUCAGACUGUCAACCUGCUGCAUGUCAAUAAAAUGACGCACACUCCAAAGCGUGCCAGCCACAGCCAUCAGCUGUUUCACACCGCCUGUGAAAAGAGGCCUGUUUUUCUCUGGGUACAAUGCCAUCAUUGAUCAGUGAUUUCUCCUGGUCAGAAUUCAGAAGGCAACAAACAAACAAGCAACCUCGUAGUGUUAAAACCAGACCAUUAUGUGACUCCUGCAUUAUGUCCCGUCCAUGCAGCUGUAGCUUGUCCUGGUGUUUUCUCUGCUUUUUGCUGGCCCUCAACUCAAACCAUGCCUGGUCUGCUCCGGAUUUCUCUGAUUUCCUUCACACGGUGUUGAGGAACCACACAGCCCACGCAUGUGAGGGAGAGACUCUGACCAUCAGAUGUCCCUCAAAAACCUCAGUGGCUAUUUUGUCUGCAUUCUAUGGACGGCGAAUACCAAGUCAGCACUUAUGCCCCGACGCAAACACAAACGUCACAGAAGAAAGCACAGAAUGCAUGUCUACCAUCGCCAUACAGAAAGUAGUGUCCGAGUGCCAGGAUCGGAGGGCAUGCCAGAUUCCUGUGGCGAGUCGAGUGUUUGGACAAGAUCCCUGCCCUGAAACCACCAAGUACAUCCUGGUUUCCUACAAGUGUCGGCCCGCACAUCAUCGCUUGCGAACAGCGUGUGAAAACGAGAGGCUGAGGCUCGCCUGUAAGAACGACACCGUGCUGGCCAUCUACUCUGCCACUUUUGGCCACCUGGAGCAUGACACCCCUGUAUGCCCUCAAGGGGGGCACGUGAAGCCUGAUAUGGAGUGCUUGUCACCAUCAGCCUUGAGAAGGGUAACAUGGAAAUGUCACGGCAGAACAAACUGCACCGUGCUGGCCAGUGUGCAGAACUUUGGCGACCCCUGCUUUCCUGGCACCAGCAAACAUCUGCGAGUGUCUUUCACAUGUGUUCCUAGGUAUUUGCUGGAAGAUGUGGGGCGUGGAGGUGCAGAUCCUUUCCGAAUCUCUGAUUAUACACAUGGUGGCUGGUACACUGGCCCUGGUGUGUACAGACCACAAAACAUUUUCACCAACACUUUGGAAAUCUUUUUCCAGAUCAAGGGGCUUCCAGAGACAGUGGCUCUGUACUUUGUCUCAGGCAUAUGUGCUGGCUUGGUCUUCCUGCUGUGUCUGUUUGGUGUGAAAUCUACACUGGUGCGGGACGUGAAGGACUUGGUGUCUGAUCUAGAGGAUGAAAUCAAGACCGCACGCAGAUCACGCCGUGGGCUGAUCAAUGACGACAAUAUCUCAUUAGACUCUUCCUUUCCUCGCUUUACAUACCCUUACCGUGGAGCUGACUUGUUCAGCCCAGAGAUGGUCAUGACAGUGGUUAUGGAAGACAAGAGAGAUGAGGACAGGGACAAAGCAGAAGUGUCAAAUGGAGACAUUUGGCCACCUUGCAAUUCCAGCCCUUACGCCAUCCAUAAAUCCAAACUUUCAUCUGCCUGACUUUAGAAAUGAACACACUCCAGUCAUGCCCCUGCUUAUUGUGCUGAAGUUUUGACCAGUUUUGUAAAGGACUUUAACACUCAUCUAUAUUAUUAAAUGAGAUAAAAAAAUUAUAUUGUCAUGCAUACAUUCCAAUAAUGUGUCUCAUUGCAAGACUUGCAAGAUUAAUAAUUGUUACAUAUAAUAAACACCUUGUUAAAAUAUACAGUAUAUACAGUAUUACUGUUAGUUGUGUGUCUAUUACUGAACAUACAUAACCUUCUAUAGCUUUCUGUUGGAUAUUAUCAUGGGAUAUAAUUGUUUGUUUAUUUGUGAGAAUUUUUGUAAUGUAAUGUUUUGAUAGUAAAUCAAAUAAUGAAAUGAAAUAAAAAAAAAAAAAUAAAAAAAAACAGAACCCUUUUAACCAUAA